AUGCAACUAUCGUUUCUGGACUUUGAAGCCGCGUUCGACUCUCCUCACCGAGGCCGUCUUCUCAACGCGCUCCGCGCCGAUGCAGUAGCAGGAAAGUUCGUUCGAUUGCUUGAUGACAUGAAUCAACGAACAACUGCUGCAGUUCGAACACCAGCCGGAUGUACAAAACCGUUUGAAGUUGUAACUGAAGUAAGACAAGGGGCAGUGGCAGGACCCUUUCUGUUCAAUUUCGGCAUCGACGAUAUUAUGCGAAGAACAGUCGAUCAGUGUCCUCCCGACAUUGUCUUAGCACCAUCGGGGUGCCCCUUGGCCGAUCUCGAGUACGCCGACGAUGUUGUUAUAUUCGCGGAAAGCAGUACGAAACUUCAACAUGUUGUUAACCUUGUAUCGAAGCUGGCUGCAGCCCAUGGACUACGUCUACGCCCUGAUAAAUGCAAGCAGAUGUGGAUCUCUUCGAGACCUCGAACGGGAAUCAGGGUGGACGGACAACCGAUAGAACUCGUCGAUGAGUUCUGUUACCUGGGUUGUACGCUGAAGAACAACGACUGCUACGGGAGAGAUGUUCAGCAAAGAUGCGCUAAGGCCACUUCUGCAUUUAACUCCUUAACGAAAUGCCUGUGGUCGACCCCCAUCACCCACGAAGUCAAGCUGCUAGUCUACCUAUCCGCAAUUCGCCCCAUCAUGAUGUACGGAUCGGAGACUUGGCCAGCACCAUUAACGGUUAUGGAGAGUGAUGUGAUAUACCGGCGGAUUGCACGUGGAAAACAUCAACAUCUUGCACCGCCAUCGAAAGUGGCUAAAGUAAAUCGUCUGCGCUUCUUUGGUCAUAUGUUAAAGAGACCGGCAGAUCGCCUUGUUCAACGAGUUCUGAGGAGUUUGCCGGGUUCAAGCUGGAAGAAGCCACCUGGCCGAAAACGGAAGUUCUGGACUGAGGCGGUGAAGGAGGACGUGAGGACACUCGGCGUGGAUAGGCAGUUCAAGCGAGACGUAAGGUUUCGCAGAAUAUGGAAUAGCGACGAAUGGAUUGAUUCUGUGCAAGCUCUCGCAGAAGAUCGAGAAGGUUGGGCAGAGCUGUGUUCAAGGACGGCACACCUCGGCGAAGAUGCGGGUAAUCGCGUCAGGCGAUGA